UUAGACUGAAGCUGAUGUCGUUUCGAUACUCAAUGUCGCCGAUCCAUCCCCGAAAUAUGAACGUGGACGAUAUGCGCUGUGAUUUCCGAAUAGCAGAGCGUUGCCUAAGAUUUCGAAGCAAGCGGUUUGACUCGCCGAUCCGAUUAUGACCCAAAAACCGAAGAACGGAUAUUCUUGCGUCCACCUGGACGAAACGAAAGCGAUUUCAGAUCACGGCCUAAACCGACGCACAGAUACCCCUCCAUCACAAGUGCGCUGGAUCAACCGUGCAAAAAUUCGUGCCGGCCUGGAGGCCGAGAAGAGCCCGGGACAACCAAGAACGUCUCCGAGCAACUUCCCUCAGCGAAAGGGACUGGUUCACAAAUUGCUUGGUUUCAUGGGAGGAUACUCUCAAGACAUGUUAUGGGCUACACGUAUUUUUUUUUUAGAUUUCUUAUUUUUCUGCAUGACCGGGAUGGCUUUUGCUUAUUCUUGCCUCAGACCUUUCGUUCAGCAGGAGCGCUCUUUAUUCCCGUGGCAGGCGUCCACAAGAUGGAAGGCGGAAGGCGGUAGGCUGGGAAAGCUUUGUUUGCUUUGUGUGACCUCGUCGGACACUGGCCACUCGCCAAGUUGCUUUGGUUUUAAAGGAAAGAUGGGCGGCAUCAAUGAUAUGAUGGAUUAUGGCAUAUAGGGUGACAGUGUUGGAGUGGGUGAUAGGCUUCGGAGUGGUGAAUGGAGGUGGGGCAUUUAGGUGUUGUAUGGUUUUGCCU